AUGUCGGUCGGCCUAUCUAAUGACAAAUGCUCAAUCCGUCGCUUGACUAUAUCCCCUCUAUAUGGAUGGCAUUGGUAUAAGGCCAAUGAGUAUGAAGGUGCAAGCGAUGCUGAUGAUGAGCGUGAUGAGGAGGAAACGACAACGUUCGGAUGCAAUAUUGCAGCCCGCGAUCGCAGCCCUGGCUCACCAAGCCCGCCCAGUCAGGAACACAUCUUGCCCCUUACAUUGGAGGAACCGGUAGGUGAAGAUUUGAUUAUAAUAGAUCGAACUGGUGAAAAUGUAACAUCUCCGGAUGUAAGUGACAUUGAGUCACUAAAUUGCGAAGAAGAUUUAGAAGAUAAGGCAGAAGAAGAAGACGAAUCGGAGAAUGUUACGUCUCCAGAUGUGAGUGACAUAAAGUCACUAGGAGAUGACAUAUUUGUCGAAGAUGAUGUUCAGGGAGCAAGGGCUUUGACUCCCCCCGACAUGCCCGAGCUUGUUUGUUGGGUAGAUAACGCUUAUGGUUUUGCAGCCCAAGCUUUGGGUCGGAGUAUAACUCCGCCCGAUCUCUUUUCGUGGGUGGAUAAUGGUGAGGGUCGAGCAAUGCGAGGUUCGGGUCGGAGUACGACUCCUCCCGAUAUGCCUGAACUAGUGUUGGCGGGCAAUGAUUAUGGUCAUGCAGCACGAACGUUGGGCAGGAGUAGAACUCCUCCUGGUCUCAUGAUGCCUGAUAAUGAUGGUUGGGUACCAUUCUUGCGUCGACAAGAGCUCCUUCCUGAGCUCCAACACUUUGAGAAAGUGAUUGGAGUUCUUUUGAAAAUAAAAUUGAGGGGGAAGACGAUGAUACAGCCGAUUAUCGCAUAAUUUAUCAGGAGGAAUCUGACGCACCCCCUCCGUGUUAGUAAAUCUUUUU